UUUUUCUUGUUUGUCUUCUUCUGUGUUUUCUGAGUCACCGCUAAAUUCUCGAAAGUUGCGGUUAUAUCGAAAUUUCAUCAUAGUCCCAGCUGUUACCAGUGCCGGUAGUUGUUAUUGAAGCAGUGUAAACCGCAAAGAAAGCAAAAUGAGUCUCCAGUGGACGAUCAUCGCCGCGUUCCUGUACGCCGAAAUAGCCUUCGUGCUACUUCUGACCUUGCCGCUGGCCAGCCCGUCAAAAUGGCACAGGUUCUUCAAAUCCAAGUUUCUAGCUUACAUAAGUGGGCAGGCGGGUAUAUACUUCAUCGUGUUGAUCGGCGUGCUGGUGUUGUGUCUGCUGGACGCCAUCCGGGAGAUGCAGAAGUACUCGAGCAUUGAGCCCUCGGACCACCAGCACCUGGACGCCGAGAUGCAAGGAAACAUGCGCCUGUUCCGCGCGCAGCGCAACUUCUACAUCUCUGGCUUUGCAUUGUUCCUCCUCGUUGUGAUUCGUCGGUUGGUCACCUUGAUCUCCGAGCUCGCGACGCUAUUGGCGCAAUCUGAGGCCAACUUCCGUCAGGCGCAGAGCGCGAGCGCCACGGCCAAGACGCUCCUAGACAAGCAGGGAGCCGGGGAUGAGCAGUCCAAGAAGGAGAUUCAGGAGUAUGUAAGCAAGAUCGCCAUGCUGGAGAAGGAGUUGAACAAAGAGAAGAAGGACAAGGAAGCCAUGAAGUCUCAGUCGGAGAGCCUCAACAAGGAGUAUGACAGGCUCUCGGAGGAGUUCAGCCGGCUCCAGAACAAGAUCACAGUCUCGGGUGGAGACUCCAAGAAGGGUGAUUAGAGGUUUAAGUUUAAGCUUAUUGUAAAGUUUAUAGAAUUCAGUCCAAUUUAUUAAUGAUACUUAAAUAAAAGUUUCAUCUCUUUGCAUUUUUAUAACCAAAUACAGUUUUUUUCUAACAUAACUUCAGCAAUGAACUAAGUAAUAUCAACUAGACAUCUUACGAGUGUUUAUGUUUAAUAGUUUUUAACUUCUAUUUGCAUUAUAACCUUUUUACUAUUGAUUCUGAUGAUAUCUUGAGUAACAAAGAGAUUGUAUUUUUAUUCUUCCAUAGGAAUGUGAAGUGUGACUCAUAGUGUAAGCUUGAUGAACAAGGUUGCAAAGAUCUAAGACUGUACUGAAAGACAUGGUUCUUUAUACAUAAUUGUAUAUGAAUAAUUUGUUGUCCAGGUCCUUUGGACUAGAAAUGUAUUUAUUCAUUGUUUGGAUCUUAGUUUUAGUUAAUUGUGUUGUUUUAAAAGGUUUCUCUUUUUAUUACCUACUUCAGAAACAUUGUGUAAACAUUUGGAAAUUACUUUUAAGUAACAACCUAUUCUAAUACUGCUCAAAGAUAGUUCCAACCUUUACAGAAUGUUUUUAAAUAUUAAAAGUGUUUUUGAAUGGUUUUUAAUUUUGAAAGAUAAUUUUCAGUGCCUUAAUAAUUUAACUGGUAAACCUGCUCUGUUAAUAACUUUCAUUGGCAGUUUUCAUUGCAUAUUUAUUCAUUAGUAAUAUCCAUUUCUCUAUUUAUUUGUAAAUAAAUCAUACAAAUUAAGAGUGGUGGCUUGGUAUAGUAUAAUGUAUUAUGGUGUGUUGUUCAUGAUUAAAUUUGUAUUUUUUAA